CGUUGUGCUCUGUAAUGUUAGGUGAUACACUAGAUACAUUGGAGGUCAUUUGACGGGACGAUGAUCGACCACUCGAUGCGAGAAUACGGUCACGCGCUCGGAAAGGGAGCUCGCGGCGAGCGCGAGGCGAUCGACUGUAGUGCGCGCGGAGCAUCGAUCCGAGUGUCAGUCCCAUGCAGGAGCCGGUGAAGCCUGAGCUGCGCGGAACCAUGGCAACAGAGCGGCCCUCCAGACUGCGCGUGUUCUCUCUCAACUGCUGGGGAAUCCGAUUCCUCAGUCAACACUGCGCACAACGGUAUGAGAUGAUCGGGGAAUUACUGGACCGAGAGCAGCACGACAUCGCCCUGUUACAGGAAGUAUGGAGUGAAAAAGAUUUCCUUUUCCUGAAGGGAAAGCUGUCCUCCUCUCAUCCCUAUACUCACUAUUUCAAGAGUGGAGUCAUUGGCAGUGGUCUUGCUGUCUUCUCCAAACACAAAAUCCAGGACGCUCUGCUCUACCAGUACUCUCUCAAUGGCUACCCAUAUAUGCUGCGCCAUGGCGACUGGUUCGGAGGCAAAGCAGUUGGACUGGUCAUUGUUGACGUUUUCGGGUUAAAGGCGCACGUCUAUGUUACUCAUUUGCAUGCUGAGUACUCCAGGGCUCAAGAUGAAUACCUGCCCCACAGAAUAGUGCAGUCCUGGGAACUCCUGCAGUUUGUGCGCCACACGUCCUGUGGAGCAGAUCUGGUGAUUCUGGGAGGGGAUCUGAACAUGCACCCUCAGGACCUUGGGAACCGUCUGAUUAGAUCCCACACUGGCCUCAGAGACUGCUAUACUGAAACUGACAUGUUUGAUGGCUGUGAAGAUGGACACACGCUGAUAGCUGACAACCACUUCACAAAGAAGCAGGAUCUUAUUCCGUUUGAGAAGGGCAUCAGGAUUGACUACAUUCUCAUCAAGGGCUCCCAUAGAGUGAAUAUGAAAUGUGAGUCCCUGUCCACUACCAAGGGCUCAGUGUCUGAUAAACCCUUCCCGUACUCUGACCACGAGGCCCUGACUGCUGACCUGGCCCUGCUACGGUCAGAGGACCGCAGGAAUGCACUUCCUGUAUCAGAGCGUAUGGAGGCGGUCUCAGAGGCGCGUGCGGUGGUGAAGGAAGGCCUGUGUCUGACAGAAGCCCUGCGGGACAAGGCCGUGCGUCUGAUGUGCGGUGCUCUCCUGCUCCUGCUGCUGGUCUUGCUGCCCUGCCUGUGCCACUGCUCCUUCACCACCACAGGGUUUCUGGGAGCCGUGUGCAUGGGCGCACUCCUCUCUGGAGCUCUGCUCUACAUGCUCUUCACCACACACAUCAAAGUCCUGAAAGAGACUGAAGACCAGAUGCUGCUGACCUCGAACGAGCUCCACGCUAAACUCACAGGAUGGAGAGUGUCUGGAUCUUCAUCUUCCGAUGGCUCUCCAGAGCUCCAGCCGUCGAGUUCCUUUAAACGAGAGGAAUAAGGUUGACCCCUAAGUCCCUGUUUACACCUGGUGUUAAAGGAGUUGUUCACUUUUGAAAAAACUUUUGCUGAUAAUUUACUC